AUGUCUCUGUCCUCUAAACUUGCAUAUCUGAGGAUGUGUCUGCAGGUCUUUUUCAGCACCCUCCCCCGCGCGGUGAAAAGUACUUAUUCAGCGGUGCGUUAUUGGAUAUGGGUUGGUGAUGCAGGUCUGCAGCAGACAGACGGAUGCUCCGGGGCACCGACCACGUCUCGGGACGGGGAGCUGGAUCCCAAAGAUGAAGUUCUCAGCGCAACAACGCCAACAAGCGUCAAUUAUCACUUUACACGCAAGUGCAACUACAGAUGUGGAUUUUGUUUCCACACCGCGAAAACGUCCUUCGUCCUACCUAUAGAGGAAGCAAAGAUGGGUCUCAAACUUCUGAAGGAUGCAGGUAUGGAAAAGGUCAACUUCUCCGGGGGCGAGCCUUUCUUGCACGACAGGGGGGACUUUCUGGGCCAGCUGGUCCAGUAUUGCAAACAAGAUCUCCAGCUCCCAAGUGUCAGCAUCGUCAGCAAUGGAAGUAUGAUCAGAGAGAAAUGGUUCCAGAAAUAUGGUGAACACCUGGACAUCCUGGCAAUAUCCUGUGACAGUUUUGAUGAGGAAACCAACCAGCUGAUUGGCAGAGCUCAGGGCCGGAAGAGCCAUCUGGACAACCUCCACAAGGUCCGCAGAUGGUGUCAGCAGUACAAAGUGGCAUUUAAGAUCAACUCUGUCAUCAACACCUUCAAUGUGGAUGAAGACAUGAGGGAAAACAUCACCCAGCUUAACCCCGUCCGCUGGAAGGUGUUCCAGUGCUUAUUGAUUGAUGGGGAGAAUGCGGGAGAGGAUGCCCUGAGAGAGGCCGAGAGGUUUGUCAUCAGCGACAAACUGUUUCACACCUUUCUGGGGAGGCACAGUGGCAUUAGCUGCCUUGUACCCGAGUCCAAUCAAAAGAUGAGGGACUCCUAUCUCAUCUUGGACGAAUAUAUGCGUUUCCUGGACUGCAGAGAGGGAAGGAAAGACCCGUCCAAGUCUAUCCUCGAUGUUGGUGUGAAGGAGGCCAUUCGCUUCAGCGGCUUUGACGAGAGGAUGUUUCUAAAAAGAGGAGGGAAAUAUAAGUGGAGUAAAGCUGACAUGCAGUUAGAGUGGUGA